UCGGACAACUCUGGGCAUACCGAAACAACUACGGAUGAGCCACUUGCUGAUGGUGCUUCGAGCAGUGCAGCGGCACCCAGCGGAAAUAGCACCGUACCUGAGGAGUUCCGUGAUAUACUCGGAGAUAUUGAAAUACCCGAUGGAGUUGAUCCUGCAUUCCUCGCUGCACUUCCCGAAGACAUGCGUGCUGAAGUGAUUCGCGAUCAUCGUCGCCAACAACGUGCUCAGCGUGCUGCACAACCGAGCUUACCUGCUCAGGAUGGUAAUGGCGAGAGUGGCUCAAACGUGGUGCCAGCUGUGGAGCCAAUAGAUCAAGAUUUCCUCAAUGCUCUACCACCGGAAUUGCAGGAGGAGAUCCUAGCGCAACAUGAACGAGCAGUUCGUGAGGCAGAAGAGGCCAUGCGAAGAGCCAACGCUCCAGCACCUGCUGUUCCUCCAGAGCCAGAGAUGGAUGGCGCAGCAGUUAUUGCCUCGUUACCACCGCAUGAAAGAACUCAGGUGCUGGCUGAAAUGGACGAUUCCGAAUUGCAGCGCCUUCCAGCUGACAUGCAAAAUGAAGCUCGUAGAGCACGUGAAAGUCUCGAACCAGUGAGUAGUUAG